UGUUGAGCUCGUGAUCGAAGCUGGGUAUUGGACAUUUGAGCAGACGCGCUUCAAAUACAUUCCAGUGUUGAUCUUUUAUCCUUGUUGUGUUACUUCUCUGUUCAUCGACAUGGCUGACAUUUCCGAAGAAGAUCUGCAAAAAGAAAUUGCCGCUAUCCUUGAGGAUGCGGAUCUUUCCAAAACUUCUGUGAAGAAAGUUCGACAAGAACUAGAGAAAAAGUUAGGAUGCAACCUCUUAUCAAAGAAAACCAUAAUCGAUACUUUGGUCAUGGAAUUCAUAGAAAACAAAAAACAAGAUGAUGAUGAAGAUGAAGAGGAUGAGGACGAAGAAGAAGAAGAUGAAGAGGAGGACUCUGAUGCUGACAAAAAAAAAAAACGUGGAUCUUCUGGAAAGAAACCACCAGCAAAAAAAAGCAAAAAGACAGUGACCAAGGCUCCUCCAAAAGACGAUUCUGAAGACGAAGAUUCUGACGCAAGUGAACCCUCCAAAGAUGAAGACUCUGAAGAGGAAUACUCCCCAAAAAAGUCCAGCAAGGCAAAACCUUUCAAGACAAGGAAACUUCCCCCUAAAAAGAAGAAAGGUUCAGACUCAGAUUCUGAUGAUGAGAAACCAAAAGCAAAGAAGGGUGGAGCUAAACGAGGAGGCGGCUACACCAAACAAAUGACCCUUUCGAAAGAAUUAGCAGCUCUUGUUGGUCAAGAAUCGAUGGCAAGGCAUGAGGUAGUGAAGGAAAUUUGGGCCAUCAUCAAAGAAAGAGAUUUGUACGAUCCCAACAACAAACAGUUUGCUAUCUGUGAUGACGAUCUGUUCAAAGUAAUAGGAGUCAAACGCUUCAGAACCUUCGGUAUGAUGAAAUACCUCAAGAAUCAUUUUAUUUCUUAAAUGUUCAUAUAAAAUUUCCACUUGUUUGAUAAUAGUGUUAAGAUAUUUAAAGUUUCAAAAGGAUCUUGAAAUAUGUGUGUAUUCCUUGUAAUUUUGUAUGAUGUUGGACUUGAAAAAUGAAUGUCAACACAAAUUGCAGACUUCACUUGCACCCUUAUUGUUUUCUGUAGGUGUCAAAUUAUGUAUUCUAUAUUGUAGUAGAAUUAUUUGAUUCGAAAGAAAAUUUUGUGAUAAAUUGUAUUCAUUACUUAGGUUCAUGGAGGAAAAAAUUGUGUUCAUUCGGAAUAAAAUUCUUUCAAUAAAAAUUAGUUUCAA